CCGCCCUCCUCUCGUGACAGGACACAUGACGCGCCUGUUAAUCGGCGUUCACAACACUGAAACUCAAUGUUACCUUCACUUUUCGCGAUCCUCGGCCGCUAAGAAGAAUGGAAACCCCCACGAAGGGCAACUCCCGAACAUUGGCGGAGUGACGAGAGGCGCCGCGGUCUGAACAUCCGAGCAGAGGCGUUGAGUUGGGCGCCGUUGAGUCCACGCCAGCAGCUGUAAUCGCGCGCGUUAAUUAUUGGAAGACCAGGACGACCCGCGCGCGCGCCCCUGCACUACUGCGCGCGCGCUCGUUCGUUCGUUCACUUCAUCAAUGAGCCGCCAAGUUGAAAGGGAAGUGCACCGAGAGUGAGGCUGACAGCACCGCGGCUCACCAUGUCGUCUCUCAGCCUUGGCGGCCGCUUAAGUUAUGCCGUCGGGCACUUCCUCAACGACCUGUGCGCCUCUAUGUGGUUCACCUACCUGCUCGUCUACUACCACUCCGUGCUCGGCUUCAACAACGCCUACGCUGGCAUCCUGCUGCUCAUCGGGCAGAUAGCGGACGGCAUCUCGACACCCCUCGUUGGCUUCGAGUCGGACAGGAACGCCGGGUGUGGGAAGUACGGCAAGAGGAAGACCUGGCACUUGACGGGGACAAUCUGCGUACUGCUGUCUUUCCCCUUUAUCUUUAACCCCUGCAUGGGCUGUGACUAUGCCACACCACCAUGGGUCGGACUCGUUUAUUUCAUUCCCUUCAUCAUCAUCUUCCAGUUUGGAUGGGCAGCCACCCAGAUUUCCCACCUGUCCCUCAUUCCAGAGCUUGUCCACAGUGAUCACGACAAGGUGGAGCUCACUGCCUACAGAUACGCCUUCACAGUCUUUGCCAACAUCAUGGUCUACGCUGUGGCCUGGCUCUUCUUUCACUUUGAAGAUGGGCAGAUUAACGAUCCUUCACUGGCCGACAGUCUAGGAAGUGUGGACAUUCCUGUUUUUAGGAAUUUGGCACUGUCAGUAGUAGGGAUAGGAGCCAUAUUCUCCAUACUGUUCCACAUUGGAACCAAAGAGAAUGGGCCAAAUUUUGAGACUGAACCUUCAAUUGUUGGUGAAACUCAGCCUCUGAUUUCUCAACCCCAGCAGCUGCUCAGGUGGAAACACUGGCUCUUUGAACCUGCAUUCUACCAGGUGGCCUUACUCUACAUGUGCACUCGACUGAUUGUGAACUUGUCUCAAACCUACAUUUCCAUGUAUUUGAUCAACUCCCUCAUGUUACCAAAGAAUUACAUUGCCACCAUCCCUCUGGUGAUGUACCUUAGUGGCUUUUUCUCUUCCCUGGUCAUGAAGCCAGUGAACAAGCUGAUUGGCAGAAAUCUCACAUACUUCGUUGGCAUGAUCUUCAUUCUGGCAUUUGCCUCCUGGGUGCUACUAGACUUGAAUAUGGGAGUGACAGUCUAUGGUGCUUCUGUGUUACUGGGGAUUGGUUCAGCCACCAUUUUGGUGACAUCACUGUCCAUGACUGCAGACCUCAUUGGAACCAACACACAAAGUGGUGCCUUCGUGUAUGGUGCAAUGAGCUUUACCGAUAAAGUAGCCAAUGGCCUUGGUGUGCUGAUGAUACAGAGCCUCCAUCCGUGUCACACACAAGCAUGCUGUCCUGCUUGUGCCUGGUACUAUCGUAACAUCAUGGUAAUUGUCACAGGGGGUGUAGCAUUUGUCGCAUCACUUUGUCUCUGCAGCAUCUUCAUUUGGCCAGUCGUGGUCCGGUUUCAUAAACCCUCAAUCUCUGGUGUGCUUGGGUCCCCGCAGAGAGAAGAGCUGGAUGAUAGCGGAGCUGUAAACUAGCGGGCUGAAGACUGAAGCAACACAAGUGAUCAUGUGGCUGGAAGUCAAUGUUCUCCUGUUCACUUGUUUCUGUCUGGACUUUACAUUUAAAAGGGAAAAUUCAGAGGUGCACCAUGGCACUCUAACUACGUACACAUCUGCUUUUGAUUUGUAAUUAACAUGCAGGUCUUACUAUACCCUCCUUUGCGCAAAAGCUCUAUUUUUGAAGUCAAGAUCAUUUUUGGGGGAAUGAUAGUGGGAAGGUCAAUGCAGAUAAAUUUCAGAAAAAUCUUACAAAAUCAACACUGGAAGUUGACUUUAAUUUUUGCUAGUUUGCUGCCAAGUUGGGCUGCAGUGGACUUAACGCUGUUCUUCCAAUGGUUUGUUGCUGCUUUCUCUCUUAUGAAUCAUUCCACUUUUUCCUAGAGUGUGAAAUACGUUAAGCUCUGGGUCCAUUCCUAAUUUAAAAAAUUAUAAAUGUGACAGGCCAACAGCUUUAAGGCGGCACAUUUCAAUGCAGGCUUUAAUGCACUGGCACCAGCCUUGGCAGGGAGGGUUUGAUAAGCACACUCACACAAUUUACUGUCUGGGUAUAAUCAGGCCCUUCUGUCUAACUUGAUCUGAUUUGAUUUCUUUUUGAAUCUGUUUUUGUAUGUUCUAAACUGGAUGCUCCUAUUGACACCAGUUUUCAGGUAUAUAACAAAGGGAAUCUUACUUUCAGAAGUGUCGAAAGGGAAUUCCUGAUGCAGGUAUUGAUUAUGGAGAAGGUGAACAUCUCUCAGAUGUACAAACUUUUUUGUUUUUCCUCUAAUGUAAAAUUACUGUUAAAGUCAUAGAUGUGCAACCAUUUGACUUUGAGGUCACACUUUACUACUCUGUACAAUCAGUGCACUUUAAUUGCUCUCCCUUUUUCAAUUAAAAAUGUUAAAUUCA